GUAAGUAAAACCCGGAAACAGUUGAGAGCGAAAGAGGACUCAACUCUUUUAAGUGGAGUCCGGUACAACCAACGCAGUGUUUUCAGUCCACCAAAUCCCACCCUCUCCUCUCUCUCUAGAAUCUAGGGCUUUGAAAUUCUUCGAUUCCUUCAAAGCUUCUCAAGCAUUUCCACCGCGUCUCAAAUCCUCUCAGAUUCUCCAGUGAAAAAGGAUAUUAGGAUAUCAGAGUGUAGUGUUUGGAUCAUUGUGAAGGUUUGAUAAUGAUGAAUUCAAUUGUGGAGAUUCAUCCCAAAGAAUUGAAGUUCGUAGUUGAGUUGAAGAAGCAAAGCUCAUGCUCAAUUCGACUUACCAACACGUCCGACCACCAUGUUGCAUUUAAGGUUAAAACUACAUCCCCCAAGAAAUACUGUGUGCGACCAAAUGUAGGUGUUAUCUUGCCAAAAUCAGCUUGUGAAUUUUCAGUUACAAUGCAAGCUCAAAAGACAGCUCUGCCUGACAUGGAUUGCAGAGAUAAGUUCUUAAUCCAAAGCACAAUUGUUUCCUCUGGGACAACUGACGCAAAUAUUACAGCUAGCAUGUUUGCUAAAGAUGAGGGCAAAUACGUUGAAGAGAAAAAGCUAAGAGUAAUCCUUUUCAGCCCACCUGAUUCGCCAAUACUGUCACCAAUCAAGGUAGACUUGAAGCAAGGGCAGGGCAAUGAAGCUUCAAUACUAAAUGAUCAAGUAUUCGGUGGAGUAGAAACCCUCCCUCAACACAAAAUGGUUACAAAGGAUGUGAAGUUCAGAGUUGUCAAUAGUGAGGAGUCAAAGCCAUCAAAGGAUACUGAGGUGAAACCAGCCAAGCAUGUGGAAUUGAAACUAAGAAAAGAAGAGGAGUUGAAACCAGCAAAGGCUGUGGAAUUGAAAUUACCAAAAUAUGAGGAGGUAAAAGCAAUAAAGGAUGUGGAGUCAAGGCCAACAUAUGCUACGGACGUGGAACCAGCCAGAGAUGUGGUGGAAUUGGAACCAGCAAAAGAUAUGGAGUUGAAACCUGCAAAGAAUGUGGAGUUGAAACCAUCAGAGGAUUUGCUUUUGAAACUAGCAAAAGAGCAGGAGGCUGAUAAAGCACAGGUUGUGGAAAAUUUGAAGUUAGUUAAAGAUAUUGAGGAGAUGAAAUCAAAGCUACUUGAACUUGAACUAAAGCUGAGCCAGGCUGAAGUUACUAUCUCAAAGCUAACAGAGGAGAGGAGUUCAAGCAUCCAAGAGAUAAAAGAUUUGCAGAAGCAAUUAGGGCAUUUGAGUAAAGGUGGUGUGCAACGAGUUGAGUUCCCUCUCCUAUUUGGUUGCACGGUGGCACUUUUUAGUGUUCUCCUUGUUACAGCUAUAGCUGUUAAAAGUUUGUGCAUGAAGGUAGUAUCAUCCCUCUGAAGUUGGAUAAAUAGGUAUGAAAACCUCUUCCUCUUAUAAGUGUAUAGACAAGGUAUAGAGGGACAGUCUAGAGUCUAGACAAUAUACUCACAGAUAAGUGCAUAGGCUGAAAGGUAAGAACUAAGAAGCCAUCUUUUGUGGACUACAUUUCUUGUUCCGGGAUUGUCAUUUGUUGAUGAGAUCCGGGUGGUGAGCUGAUGAACCAAUAUCUUGAUGUUGCAUACAUGCUAUUGUGAUGUUGGUUGGAGCAAAAGAGGACGAGAGUUAAGAAGGAUUGAUCUGGUAGUUUUACAAUGAUUAGUAUGCAGACAUGUUUUGGGUCUGGAGUGAUGACUACACACAUAUAUACUUGUUUCCUUUGUAUGCUGACUAAUUUGAAAGGUUUGAUUCUCAAUUACAAGGACGUAACGUUCUAAAGAUGCU